ACAUUACAUACUCAUUAAAAGGUAAAAAAACAUUUGGCCACAGCAAGUAUGCAUGGGGAUAUACAAUAAAUGGCACCAUCAUACAUUACUGGCACAACCACUCUGGAAAACCGUUUGGCAGUUUCUUAAACAGUUAAACACACAAUGACAAACUAAUCUAUAGUGACACAGAUGAUGGCAUAUCGCAAUUGCCACAGAUGGGGAUGGAAAGAGAGGAUGCAAAGGAGCAUAAGAAUACUUUGAGGGGUGAGGGAAAUGCUUGUUAUCUUGAUUGUGGUGAUGGUUCCAUGGGUGUGUAUAUGUAGUUUAGUAUACUUCAAUAAAAUUGCGGAGGAGAGUUAUGACAUCCUAAACUGUAUCUGUUGUUCUUUUAGGAAGCUUAAAGGAAAAAAUACUCAAAUUAUGGUAAUAAGAAUGCACUUGGAGGUCAAGACAUGAGCCAGCUUCGAGCCACAAAGUCUGGACUUACGGUGUGCGCAGUUAUCUGCAUCUUCAUUUUUUUUUAUUUAAGGAAUCCAACUCCUGCAGAACCAGAGGAGGAACCUGUCUAUCCAGAAGUAGUAGAAUGUGGCUUUUACCCAGAUGAACUGUGUUCCGCUUUAUUUGAAGGGAAAGGGGCGGCCCUCCAAAUUGCAAAAUUUUGCAAAAUCCCUCAUAAAUCCAAAAUACAUGCUCAUUUACACACAACAGGAAACUGUUCCAGGAUUUCUCACGGGCUCCAUUUCAUAACCAGACCCCUGUCUGCAGAAGAGGGCAAUUUCUCUUUGGCAUAUAUUAUAACUAUUCAUAAGGAGCUGGCCAUGUUUGUACAGCUUCUCAGAGCUAUUUAUGUACCUCAAAAUGUUUAUUGUAUUCAUGUUGAUGAAAAGGCCCCAAAGAAGUUUAAGACUGCUGUGCAAACCUUGGUUAACUGUUUUGAAAACGUUUUUAUAUCAUCCAAGAGAGAGAAGGUGGCUUAUGCUGGCUUUACAAGACUACAGGCAGAUAUUAAUUGUAUGAAAGAUCUAGUGCAUUCCAAAUUUCAAUGGAACUAUGUCAUUAAUCUUUGUGGACAGGAUUUUCCCAUCAAAACCAACAAAGAAAUCAUACACUACAUCAGAAGCAAAUGGAAUGAUAAAAAUAUCACUCCUGGAGUAAUCCAACCACCACAUAUUAAAUCCAAGACAAGUCAAAGUCAUCUCAAAUCCAUUCCUGAAGGACACACCUACGCAUCUCCAAAUAACAGAUUCAAAGAUAAACCACCCCAUAACUUAACUAUUUAUUUUGGAAGUGCUUACUAUGUACUUACGAGAAAGUUUGUAGAGUUCAUACUGACUGAUAUCCGUGCAAAAGACAUGCUCCAGUGGUCCAAAGACAUCCACAGCCCAGAGCAACACUACUGGGUGACCCUGAACCGACUAAAAGAUGCUCCAGGUGCUACACCAAACGCUGGCUGGGAAGGAGAUGUUCGAGCUAUUAAAUGGAAAAGUGAGGAAGGAAAUGCUCAUGAUGGAUGUAAAGGCCACUACGUCGAAGACAUCUGCGUAUACGGACCAGGAGACCUGCCGUGGCUCAUUCAGUCGCCUUCUCUGUUUGCCAACAAAUUCGAACUCUCGACAGACCCACUUGUGGUUACCUGCUUAGAGCGGUGGCACAGACGUCAGGCGCUCAGGCAGGCAGAAGUUCCUAUAGAGCCACACUGGCAUUUCCAACAGCAGAGUCAUUUCAGUAUGAGACUGCACCGCUAGGGAGUGUCUGCGUUCUUACUUGUUGACUUGAAACAGGAGAAGGUCGAACCAAAGAAAGUGGGAAAAUCAUUCCUAGAUACAAAUUAUUCCUUAAAUGAAUACAGAAGCAUGCUGUUGACAAGGCUUUACUAUUGAUUACAGGCCACUUUUACAGCUGUGGGAAAGAAAUCACAAGACAAAAAACUCAGGCCACCACUGGUGACACAGCAACGCAC